AUGUCAAAUACAGAGGAUCCACCACCGAAAGAAGACGUCGAAUCGCCGGCGACUGAAAAUCCGACACCGGUGGAGACAGGAACUGGUUUUGGUGGUGCGUCGAUUACAAGGAGAUGGAGAAGAGAGGAUUUGUUAAAGAGAGGGUCGUUGGCUUUGAGAGGAUUGGCUUUGCUAUUUUCUUUGCUUGCUUUUAUCAUCAUGGCUAGUAACAAACAUGGUGAUUGGAAAAAUUUUGAUAAAUACGAAGAGUACAGGUAUUUGUUGGCAAUAGCAAUUCUUUCGACUUUGUAUUCGGGAGCGCAAGUGUUAAGACAAGUCCAUGAGCUUUCGACUGGGAAACAAUUGUUAGAAAAAAGGACUUCUGCCAUGGUUGAUUUCUUUGGGGAUCAGUUUGUGGCCUACUUGUUGGUGUCUUCAGCUUCUUCAGCAGUUCCCUUGACAAAUAGGAUGAGAGAAGGAACAGAUAACAUAUUUACAGAUUCCUCAGCAGCUGCCAUUAGUAUGGGAUUCUUCGCGUUCAUAUCGUUGGCAUUAUCAGCUCUUAUUUCAGGAUAUAAACUAUCAACUCAAUCUUACAUUUAA